AUGUGGGAGUACUACAAUGAGAAAUCAAUCCUAGUGACAGGUGGAUCUGGAUUCUUGGGUACAGCAAUCGUUCAUCGCCUGCUCACCAGCACAUCGGUAUCAUGUAUCUAUCUAAUCUGUAGAGGUGGCAAGGAGAAAAUUCAAACCAGGUGGAGAAAAUGGCUUCCCCAUGGCACAUUGGAAAGGCUGCACCAUUCAAUUCGCCUGGUUGUCCUUGAUGGUGACAUUCUACUACCCAAUUUGGGGCUCAAAGACCCAGGUUUGAAUGCCAUACGCAACAAUAUCCAUGUCAUCAUCCAUGCAUCCUCCUCGAUCAAUAUGAUAAAGCCAGUAAACCGCCUGGCUCGAACAAUCAUCGAACCUACGGAAACGAUUGCCGAUUUUGCUCUCUCAUGCACCCAGCUCGACCGUUUUGUGUACGUCUCUACCGCAUAUGCCAACGCACACCUCUAUCAACGGAGUCAAAACACAGACGUGAAAAUCGACGAAAAGAUAUACGAACUUCAACACCACUACCACGCCUUCGACGAGCUGAAUGAACUUCGAAAACAUGGCAAGAGCCAAGCAUAUGAAGCGGAAAACUUCCCUUGGGCAUAUGCCUAUGCCAAACACCUCACUGAGAGAAUGCUCAAAAGUCGAUUCACUGAAUUUUCUUCAAGUGAGAAACUCCUUAUUGUGCGUCCAUCUGUUAUCGGACCGGCUCAGUGCCUACCAUUUCCAGGGUACAACAUGCCCAUGUCGUCGCCGUAUACAGUGAUUGCCGCAGGACUUGCUCUAUCCCCAUCUCGGAGUCUCAAGAUUGCAACAAAUAUGGAAGAUCCAACGGCGGAUGUCACUGGCGAUGAAGUCCCUGUCGAUGUAGUAGCCGAUCGUCUACUAUGUCAUCUGGCCAUGGGCUCACACGGUUGUGUUCACGCCGUCAGUGGAGUCCGGUCUCGGUUGAACUUCGAGUCAUGGAGGCAAUCAUUGAUGAAAAUUCGUCGGUUCCCUUGGGAAAUACGACCUCGCUGGGUGAGAAAAGAUUGGAAAUCAUUGAAUCAACAUCCGAUGGCUCGACUCUAUGCUAUUUUCGGCACUUCUUUUGCGUUCUCGGAGACCAAAACGAUCGCUAUGUGUCGAAAAGUACCAGAAAAGGAACUGUCGAAUCUUCAACUGUUUACGAAAAUCGAUAUGAGCGAUAACCUUCUCGAUCGCACUGAAGGCAUUCGUUAUGUUAUGGAUCAGUUUGCUCGUCAGAAUUGGCUGGCGUGGGACUAG